GGCUUGCUCCAGCGCUCUCCGCGCCACAGGCACCUGCUCUCCUGGCGCUCUUCUCGCUCGCACACUGCAGACUCCCGGCGUCGCCGCCCUCACCCGGCUUCGUCCCCAGCCCGGCACGGCGCACCGCCCCUCUCACGAGCCCCAGGAGACCACCCAUCCGCCAUGGACCCGACCCCUGCCAAAGAGCGGUGUGGCUCGCUGCCCAAGCGGUGGUCUGCGCGCCGCGGCUGAGCGCCCACUCGCCUAGCGGAGAGAGCCGCGGAGGGACCCGCGGAGGUGGCGGCGGGCGAGCUCGGCGGACGCGGGAGGAGGUGGAAGCCCGGAGCCGAACCAAAAGGAGACCGGGAGGCAGAAGCUUGCGGCUCCGAGGGGCGCACUCCCUUGGCCAGGGAUGAGUCCCCUCGUGGCCCGGCCCCUGCCCGGCCCGCCAGGCAGAGACUGAACGACGGAAUCCCGAACGUCCUGCGUACGGCCGGACAGAGGGAGGCACGGACAGAUCGCCAGGAGCCUCACGACGGGACCCCGACUUCUGAGCCCCCAGCGCAGCGCCCCCCGCCAGAGCCGUACCCGGCAAGGAGGAGAGGGAGUGGGGCUGAUUGGCGGCCGCCGGCGGCCGGGGGAGGGGGCGCCGCACGGGGCCAUGGCAGGCUCGGAGGCGUCCUAGCCCGAGCCCGCGCCUGAGCCGGAGCCGAGCCACGCCGCCACCGCCGCUGCCUCUCCGCGCCCGGGUCCCCGCCGCUGCCGCGCCCCCGCGGGAGAUGGAACAGCGGAACCGGCUCGGCGCCCUCGGAUAUCUGCCGCUGCUUCUGCUGCUCUUGGUGGCCGAUGCUACAUUCACCGAAGUCCCCAAAGAUGUGACAGUGCGGGAGGGAGACGACAUCGAAAUGCCCUGCGCGUUCCGAGCCAGCGGAGCCACCUCGUAUUCGCUGGAGAUUCAGUGGUGGUACCUCAAGGAGCCGCCCCGGGAGCUGCUGCAUGAGCUGGCGCUCAGCGUGCCGGGCGCCCGGAGCAAGGUAACAAAUAAGGAUGCCACUAAAAUCAGCACCGUCCGCGUGCAGGGCAAUGACAUCUCGCACCGGCUGCGGCUGUCGGCCGUGCGGCGGCAGGACGAGGGCGUAUACGAGUGCCGCGUGUCGGACUACAGCGACGACGACACCCAGGAGCACAAGGCCCAGGCGCUGCUGCGCGUGCUCUCGCGCUUCGCGCCGCCCAACAUGCAAGCCGCCGAGGCCGUGUCCCACAUCCAGAGCAGCGGCCCGCGCCGCCACGGCCCGGCCAGCGCCGCCAACACCAACGCCGCGGGAGCCACCGACGCCGCGGCCCGUGCCGCCACCUCCGAGCCGGGACGCGGCGACGAGAGCCCGCCUCCCGGGGCACCGCCUUCCUCCCCGGAGCCCGAAGUCCCCGAAGCCGCCGCCGCCACGACCAUCGCAGCCGCUGCUGCCGCUUCAUCAGCGUCGCCGCCCCCCGGCCAGGUGGUGCUUCUGCGCCAGGGGCACCGCUCGGGCACCUGUCCUAGCUAUGCCGCAGACCCGCUCCUGUCCCUGCUCCUGUUAGCUCUGCAUAAGCUCCUGCGCUUGCUGGUGGGGCACUGACGGGCAUCUCUGUCCCACACACCCAGGCAGGCGUGUCCGGAACUCACCCAGACCUCGGCCAGGACUUCGUCUCCAGAUGGACACACAGAGACCGAGAGAAGCAUGAAAAAUUCCAUGUGGAAAAUCAAUAAAUCAUAUUUUUGGGGAAGUUACACAAAUACAGAACACCUAAAAUAACGCAUCUAGUUUCCAAAUAAGAUGGAGUUGGAGCCAUGCGUAUGCAUGGGAGCAGUGAUUUCUCUACUUCAGUGUAUUUUUCUUUUCUAAACUUCUCCGAGUCUUCAUUUUGCACGAACUGUUGAACAGUUAUCUUUAGGACAAUAUGUAAAAAUGUUGGGUCAAAGCUUUUCUGACAAAGCGAAAUAUUUUUAGUAGAUUAUCGUGUUUAAGUUUUUCUUAAUUUACUUAUUUCUUUGCGGGGUUUUCUUUUUUUAUUAAAGUAAAUUAUUUCUUUUGAGACAUUUUGAUUAAAAAAGACAUCUUAUCAUAAUUAAAAUUCACUGUCAAUAAUAUUUAUUUUUAAAUAAAGAUUGGAAACAAGGUCAGACACUUGUUUAUAA